CCUCAUUCCCGUCUGGUCUCCCACAACUACCGCCGACCUCCACCAACCUCAGCCAUCUUCGUCUUCGUCUUUUACAUCAGACACACCACCACACACACUCCCACUCCCGUUUGAUCUUGCACCACCACUUUUGAUCUCUCCCUUCCCCUCAUUUAGAGCUUCUCAGUCUUCGUUGCCAAAGCCAUAAUCUAUAGCAGUUACCGUUCUGCGGCUCACUCUCACUCUUGUGUCCUGCCAAACAAAUACACAGAAGCCAACUCGCCCGCAGCUUAGCAACUCAUCGACUACGAACCCCAACACGACGGCGCAUUCGUAUUGCGUCAACCCGGCCUUGAGCAGCACAACAACCCGCCGAGACGACAUUUCCAGAUCCCUAGUAGGACCGCAUCCUCCCGCACAGAAUCCCAUCGCAUCCCACGUCGCAUUGUCGAACAUCAUGAUAGGCCUGGUUCCGAACCACGACUGCCGGCUCCCGAGUUAACAAAACCCAACCACAUUCGAUUGGUAUGAGGACUAGACGAGCCUCCAUUCCCUUUGCUGUCUCACUUGACAAUCCUUGGCCAUGGAAAAGACACCCAUCACCACGAACGGGUCCUCUGACGCAAGCCAGUCGCGAUUAGUACACGCAGGGGCGUCUGUCACUCCUCCCUCCAACACUCCUACCACCACCGCCGAACCCCAGCCGCGCUCCAAGGAAUCCUCGGCCACCACAUCCUUAACACCAUCGCCGUACAACUCCCGCGACACUUCGCCCUCAAGACAGCCCUCAAAGCCCACGAUUGCACCUAAGUCGUCCUCUACCCCCGGGCUGAGGUCGCGCAAGAGCAGUCAUCAGGACUUGACCGCAGUCCGGACGGCCAGGUCCAGCAGCAGCAUACCAGGCCCGCCGACAUCUUCAAGGGUUCUUUCCGCAGCCACCACUCCUACCCUCCUUCCAAACUCGCAAGAAUCCUUUCUUAAAUCCAUCAACCCCCAAAAGGCGCCUCUCAACAUCGAGGUGGCCCAAACGAGAGAUAGUCCUCGCUGGCCGGUGUCACCUCGCUUGCGCUCGCCUCCUCCGCAGCUUAACAAGCCUCAAAACCCGCCCGCGCCACGCCGGGGCGAGCAAGAGACGCCGAGGAUCAACCUUACGAGAGCCUCUCCUUCUCCUCAACCAGAUCCCCUCCCUUCCAUGUCCGAGAGCGAGACGGACGAUUCGCAAGUCACCUCUGGUGUGAGAACACCGGUUACCGUAAACGGAUCGGCUUUAGAAACAGUGCAGGAAGUCAGCUUGCCGAACUCACCAGGACAGAUGGACUCCACGUUGGAAAAGGUCAACGAGAAGUUGGCCCAAGAGGCGGCAGCUAGCGCCGACAACCUCACCCAAACAUACAACAACCGGACAGUUCGGCUCAGCAGAGGCUCCCUUCAAGCUACCGAGACGAGCGAUACCGCAACGCUAAGAGUGCGAUCCCAGAGCUCUGCACCGGUAGCAACUGUGACGCGGCAGUCCAGCGUGCUGUCAAACAAGCAGGGGAAAAGCAAGGCGACGGGAGAAGGAUCCUCCCUCAUCGUUGAGACGGAAACAGUAUCCUCCAUUCCCCAGGUGGCACUGGCGCCCGCUUCUAAGUUGGAAGCUGGGACCGGCACACUCAAGGCAAAGCCUAGCACCGAGACAAUUCGACCCAAGAAGGAAAAAAAGAAGACCAGCCGGAAGCAACCGACUGUUAACUCUGGCAAUGCUUCCUCUAAAGCAGACAUCUUUGAGGCCAAAGUGGCUAGCGCAGUUGAUGAGGCCAACACCUCGGACUCGGAAGAGACUUUCGUUUAUGAUUCCAACCCCCCUGAUGUAGGGGAUAGGCGCCGGUUUCACUCCCGAACCCCAAGUGCCACUUCAAUGAUAAGCCAGGCGGACAGGCCUGGUGGCAUGGGCAUGCGCUCGAUCCACGAAGCUUUACAGGGCGGCGGUGCCGCAGCGGUUGGCCUCAAGAAGAGCAUGAAAUUCGUCAAUACUUUCAACAGCAACGGAGCUGAGACCCUGGGCGUCGACGAAGAUGGCAAAGGCAGCGGCAGAAGCGUUGGGCCUGGCUCGGGCCGAGGCACCACGAGGCACCAUCACCACAAUCAUUUUGGACGGUGGGGACGACAGCCUGGUAGCUCACAUCCCUCUCUCUUCGAUAACGAGUCGCUGUUCCCCAAUGCUGCACGAUCGAAGCUAUCGGGAAACACCUCAAGGCAGUCGUCCGGCCCUCCUAGUCCUAGGGUCGCCAGUUCUGCCAGAGGUGGCUCGCAUGCUCUCGGAAAGCGAUCUUCGAUACAGAUGGCUCGUUACGACGCAGCCGAUGACACCACAACUACUGGGGCAGACGACGAGCGUACCCCGCUGAUAUCAUCCACCGUUCGAUCUGCGCGAAGAAGCCGGCGUCAACCCACCAACAUGCGGAACCUCGAAUCGCAGGCAUACAGGCAACAACCGUCUUAUUUGAACCGGUUUGCCGCCUGUUUAGUGGUGACAAUGAUGCUACUCCUCGUCAUUACCGGCGCUAUUGGCUUUAUGUUCGCCACGUCACAACCGCUCACGGAUAUUCAGCUGGUUUCCAUCAAGAACGUCCUAUCUAGUGAUCCGGAACUCAUGUUUGAUUUGACGGUCAAAGCUCAUAACCCCAACAUCGUAGUGGUGUCGAUCGAUCAGGCGAAUCUUGAAAUAUUCGCCAAGUCACCUCACGCCGGAACGGACUUUGACUGGUGGAAGCGGCCACAUGACGGGAAGGAAAUCGAUUCCGAGGACCCAGACAUGCAUGUCCGGGAUGAUCCUCCUGACGACCCGCCAGACGAUGAUGCUGCGCCAAACAUGCGCCUGGGUACCAUCACCGAGUUUGACAGCCCAUUAUCUUUUGAAGGAUCCUUCUUUAAUAAGGGUGUUUCAGCAUCGACAGGCACCAUGAGGCUCCAUCUCCCAGGUAACCAUUCUGCCGGGGGCUCGGAGCGCUGGGGCCGGAUUAUUCAGGAUGAGUUCGAUUUGAUCAUCAAAGGCGUUGUUCGUUACUCCCUACCUUUGAGUCAGCGGGUACGAAGUGCACCGAUAUCUGGAAGAACGACAGUCAAGCCCAAUUCUGCCAACGAUCCAUCCCUUCGACCAAACACGACUUUGCCCGGUGAGGUACCGGGUCUCGAACCGUAGGGCCCUUUCACUGGCAGUCAACACAAUCAUCCCCCCCCCCCCCCCCCCCUAUUUCCUUUGUCAACUUUAUAUUGAGCGUGCAUGGCAUGGCUAGCAUUUUGAGGUAAAAGUGGCGUUGAGUGGGAUCUCUCAGCAACAAGGGCUUUGGAACAAAGACAAAAGCGACCUGUACAUACAUACAUCUCUUGAUGAGACUGUCGUCAAUGACGAUGGCUCUUCUUCUAUCUUGAGCCUGCGUAUUUGCGCAGGCAUACCUUUGCGUUGCUUUCCCUCAACCUCCAUCCACUUGUGGAAGACAUGCCCUCAUCCAGUCGGCAUAGCGCAUCAGGAGGCGUAUCACACUCCUUCAGGGAUAGGGCUUUUCCUACCAUAGGAGGCAGCUCUGGGGCUCACUUUCCACCCAGAAAUUUUCCUUUUAGUGGACUAGGGUUUUUCCUUGUUCAAUACGGCCAUUUCACACUUCAGGGGUUCAUAUUUUAUUUCACAUUUUCGCAUUAGAAGGGGAAAAGUGGCAACUACACUGUUGUAAUUGUAACGAAACUUGAUGAGUAGGAGGAGGGACAAAAGUGGACGAAGAAUCAAUUGCGCCCACAGAAGCGGUUGACUGGGAGAGAAAUUACACCCAGCAACAGCAAAGGUAUGCAAUGCAGAUUGCGAUAUUGAGAGGCUGGUAAUGAAAGCGUCAACGUGAACAGACUCAGAUACGGCCUGAGGGCGAUAACACCAACCACAUAGUUGUUUAGUAGACAAGCCUCGUCAUCUCACCUGCUUGAAACAUGAAAAU